AUGGCAGUCGAAGUAAGGCCGCUCAACGAACUUCUCACUGUAAUUACAGACGCCUUUGUAGCCGCUCAAAGCGUUUUGCCUGAAGAUGCGCAAGUCUUCGAGCCUCCACAAGAUGGUAUUUCACUACUCGACGUGAAGAACGAUCUUCUGCUCUCCUACCUCCAGCAUCUGGUCUUCUUGAUCAUUUUUCGCCUGAAGAAUAGCUCGAGUUCUGGCUCAGGUUCAGUGGGACAUGACAAAGACAUCAUCAAAAAACUAGUCGAGCUCCGAGCAUACUUCGAUCGAGGCGUCCGACCGCUUGAAGGACGACUGCGCUAUCAGAUCGACAAGGUGCUCCGUGCAGCAGAGGACGCUGAAAGGAGUGAAGCGCAAAGGUCCCAAGCCAACGGAAUCGGCGUAAAGAACAAGAGCAAGAAGUUAAGACAGGCUACAGAUGCUGGCUCUGACGUGUCUGUAUCUGGAUUCGACUCUGGAGACGAUUCUGGAAUCGAUGAAUCAGAUGGUCGGGACACCGAAGAUGAAGAAGCCACAGCUGCUCCUAAUCGGGCCCUCCUUGCGCAGUCCGCUCGACAACAAGCCGCUGCUACAUCAGCCAAACAGAGACAAAAUGGUGGUCGGAAUGGAGUGUACAGACCACCACGUCUAAAUCCUGUGGCUAUGCCCGAAAACACAUCACGAGCUCGAGCUGAUGCAGAAGAGGGCAGGCUAGGCCGUCGAAGAAAGAAUGCUUUGCUGGAUGAAUACAUAAACGAGGAACACUCUUCUGCACCAACCGCACAACCUAGCAUAGGUAGCAACAACACAAUUCUGGCACGAGGUCGACACCACAGCGCACUAAACAAUCGCGGUCGAGACCGAGAAAGAGAACGCACGGAAUAUGAGGAGCGCAAUUUCACACGUCUAGCUGGAAUGGGCAAAGCUGAGAAAAAGAAAGACAAGGCGCGACAGAUGAGGGAAGGAAGAGAUAUGUUUGGUGGUGAGGACUGGACUGGUCUCGGCGGGCUAGGUGACAGAAUUGGCAAGACCGUUGAUGGGAAAGGUCGAGGAAGAGAAAGUGUGCUUGAUCGGCGUGAGAAAAGGAAGAGAGAUACUCAGGACCUCCCCAGAGGUGAUGGUGUUGGUAUUGGUGAGAGCUUCGAAAAGCGACGAAAGGUCUUACAAGGACGAACGGACAGGAAGAAGAGUAGGAGAGGGAUCUCAGCAUCGCCCUCGAACCAGCCUUAUCGAUCAUACUACGGAACCACUACCAUCACAGAAAAUGCUACGGCCGUUCUAGGCGACGUACACAACUCAUACAACUACUAUCUCUCAGCUGGAACGCCAAGACCGCUGCUCGUGGACAACAACAGCACUGCGGCCUUGGUCGCUCAACUCAAGGACCUCCUAAGCCAAUACGAGCCUGAGGAUCAGCAGAAGAUCUCCGAAGCAUUAUCUGAUAGAGUUGAGGUUUGGCUUUCAGAUGCCGCCUCUCGCUAUGAAGCAUCCGAGUACGGCUCUGUCAUGUCUCGAGCACCUCCCGGUCGCGUCAUUCCCGAACGCAUUGAAGAGCUCGAGAAACGUCGUGCUGUGCUUUUGCAACAAAGGCAGGACCUGGAGAAAGCGAGGGAUAUGGCGACCCGUCGCGAAGAACGUCCGGAAGAGGAGCAAAAGGAGUGGGUUUUGAGGGCUGAGUGGGUUCUGAAGGAACGGAAUCAGCUUCGGUGGGAAGUACAGCAGCUGAAGAUCGACGCGUGUGAGGAGAAAAUCAGGGAUCUUGAUCGUCAGAUGAUGACUCCGAUAGUGAGGGAGAGGCCGUACAAUGAGCCUACCACACGCACCAUACUGGGUCGACUUGUAGAAGCUAACUGGUACAAACGCAGGAGAGAUGGCUAUCGCGACUCCAGACAUCUGACUAGCGAUUGA